AGGAGGGGAAAGAGAUAAAAAGAGGGGAGAUGAGAGAGAGAGAGGAGGAAGAGAAGAGUGAGAAUGACAUGUGAGGCACACAUGGGCCCCCACCAUUUUUAAAUUAUUCAUUUUAAGUAUAAUUGGCAUGUGGGCCUACGAUUUCUAUUAUUUCCAAAUCAAAUUGCCCCACUAUUUUUAAAUUAUUCUUUUUAGUAUAAUUGACAUGUGGGCCCACGAUUUCUAUUAUUUCCAAAUCAAAUUGUCACAUAAGCGUCAUGUCAAUGCCACGUCAGAUGAUGACCGAGUCAAAUUAGCCACGUAGACGCCACAUCAGCUGAAACCGACGUCCAAACUGUAUACUUUGUUUUAAACUGAUUUUUAUAGUUGAUGGACCCAUUGUAUUUGGUUUUUCAGUUAAAGAACGAAAAUCAAAUCGGAUUUGUUGAGAAGUUAAAAAGGACCUGAGAUGAACUUAACUCUUUGAAAUACGUUGAAUGAGCUAGCCUGGCCUGGCAGGCUCUAACUGCGCGAAUUCCCUCCUCUGAUGGGCCACAUGGCGAGUCAGGUCCCAUCCAAGUCAGUCCGGACCGGGUACACGCAGCCCAGCCCGUAUGGCCCGACGAGAGCUCGCAGUUCAGGACGUCAUCGGCGAGAAACCCUUUCCCCCACACACACACAAGCCACCCAGAGAAGCAGAGCUCGACGACGCCGCCGCCGCCGCCACCGCCCUCCUCCAGACUCCAGUCCUCCCCCCGUCCUCCAUCCUCGUCCGUCUGAGCGGAGCAAUGGCGGGAGGCGACGCGCCGCAGCAUAAGCCAAUCGAGUGCCCGAAAUGCCACGGGGUGUUCAACACCCGGCGCGAGUUCGUGAAUCAUAAGUGCUCCAACACUCGUCUAUUCAUGCUCGCCCAGGCCAAGAAGGCCGCUAAGAAAGCAGUCCUGAAGCAGGUAAACCAUCCCCCACCCUAAAUCCCCUCUCCUAUCCAAACGGUCUUUACUGCCCCUCCAAAUCGUCUGACGAUUAAGAUGUCCAAUCGAUCGAUGAAACAAUUUGCGAUCUAACGUUGUGAACUAUGGAUGCUGGCAUCCACCUGCAUUUACAACCCCCUUUCAUGCAUUUUAUUAACUUGCUGUAAGCAUCAUGGAGGCUAU